AUGAAAGCGACUCAAUGGUCGCUGGAGAGAUCGUCGUUGGUGGCGCUCUUCUUCGCCGUCACUACUCUUGGCGUGUUCAUUUGCACGCGCUUCUUCUACAUCUCUUUAAUGGAUUCAAAAUACCAAGUGUUUACACCCGAGGUGGGUUCGGGUUCGGGUUCGACCCGAAAUCUCGAGACUGGUCCCGAGGCCACACACAUCCCGUUAAACUGUUCGUUGGGCGAACUCUCUAGAACCUGCCCUGCCAGUUACUAUCUGUCUCAGGUUUCAGCCGAAGCCUCUUCGCCACCAUCAUCAUGUCCGGAUUACUUCCAUUGGAUAUACGAAGACCUCUCGCCAUGGAGGGAGACUGGUAUUACUAGGGAGAUGGUGAUGAGCGCCAGACGGACAGCAAAUUUCCGACUAGUGGUGGUAGACGGGAAAGCUUACGUGGAACAAUACGGUAGACCAUAUCAGAGCAGAGAUACUUUCACACUAUGGGGAAUCUUACAAUUGCUGAGGCGGUAUCCGGGCAAACUCCCUGACUUGGACCUCAUGUUCGACUGUAAUACUUUUCCGUUUAUCACCAAGGAUAAUUUCCGAGCUUCUAAAGAUCCCGCACCUCCUCCAUUGUUCGGAUACUGUGGCAAUGACUCUUCCUUGGACAUUUUGUUUCCAGACUGGUCUUUCUGGGGCUGGCCCGAGAUCAAUAUAAAGCCGUGGGAGGCGCUGUCUAAGGAGUUAAAAGAAGGGAAUACGCGGACUCAAUGGAGAGACAGGGAGCCGUACGCUUACUGGAAGGGUAAUCCGCUUGUAGCUGCCACGAGGAUGGACUUACUCAAGUGUAACGUUUCGGAUAAACAGGACUGGAACGCUCGUAUCUACGCUCAGAACUGGGGCCUGGAACAGAAGAAGGGUUACAAGCAAUCAGAUUUAGCAAGCCAAUGCAUUCACAGAUUCAAAAUCUAUAUUGAAGGAGUUGCCUGGUCUGCAAGUCAGAAAUACAUCAUGGCAUGCGAUUCUGUCACGCUGCUCGUCAAGCCUAUUUUUUACGAAUUCUUCACCAGAAGCUUGAUGCCGUUGAAGCAUUACUGGCCGAUUAAGGACGAAGACAAGUGCAGAUCCAUCAAGCAUGCGGUGGAGUGGGGAACCAACCAUCAGGAAAAGGCUCAGGCCAUGGGCAAGGCCGCCAGCAGUUUCAUCCUAGACGAUCUAAAGAUGGAUUAUAUUUACGACUACAUGUUCCAUUUGUUGAGCGAGUACGCUAAGCUCUUGCAAUACAAGCCCACCAUACCUGAGAAAGCGUCUGAACUUUGCUCGGAGCUGCUGGCUUGUCCUGCAAAGGGACUUGAGAAGAAAUUCAUGGUUGAUUCACUCGUAGGUCCUGCCUCGACACAGCCAUGCACGAUGCCUCCGCCAUACAACGCUGCUUAUCUUCAUUCUGUGAUUGAAAGAAAAGAUAAUGGAAUGAAACAAGUAGACACUUGGGAAAGAGAAUACUGGAAAAAGUCAUAAUAAGCAAAUUUAUGUUGGGGAAAGGUAAUCCUGGCAGAGUCAUAAUAAUCUACUUA